CUCCUUCCUGUGAUUUACAUACCAGCAAGCACCUUCGACUUGUCUUUAUACUUGGAGGACGACAUACAUCAAACGGCUUCAACUUGCCUACUUCCCUUCGCUCAAGGUACCUCAGCUAUCACGACUCAACCACCCCAUCACAAUGGCGAGAACAGGCUUCUUCCAUCACUUCGGCACUUUCCUGCUACUAGUAGCAACGGUACUUCUUAUCGUCACCUGCAUUUCUGCACCUGUCAUCAAUGACAUCUCAAUCAUGAAGGUCGAUUUCGGCAGACUUCACGUGGGCGGUUUCAAGAGGGUAACCUUUGGUACCUUUGGCUGGUGCGAGAUUGCCGAUGGCCAAGCUGACUCCUGCUCUUCCUCCCACGUCGGCUAUAACCCUGCCAACGUGAUGCGCAUGAUCGAGGGUACCUCCUUCUCCAACUACGCUGAGAACACCACCAAGGCACUCACCAAGGCCAUGAUCCUGCACCCCAUCGCCUGCGGUCUCAACUUCAUCGCCUUCCUCCUCGCCCUUGGCGCAGGCCUCGUCGGCUCUUUCCUCGCCUCGCUGGUUGCCGCUCUGGCUUUCAUCGUCACCGUCGUCAUCAUGAUCAUCGACUUUGUCACUUUCAGCAUCAUCAAGUCGAACGUCAACGACGACGACAGCGACUCUCGCGCGCACUGGGGCUCCGCUGCCUGGACCACUCUGGCUGCCGCCAUCUGUUCACUGCUAGGCAUGAUCAUUCUCUUCAUCACCUGCUGCUCGGCUAGAAUCCACAAGAGGAGGAACAGGGACUUCGAGCCUAAGAACGACUACGGGGUUGCCGCUGCUCCUCCUCGCCGCAGGAGGUGGUUCUAAGUCACUGAUUGUGACUAAGAUGAACAACAGUCAAAAAACCAGUAUUUGGUGUUUUCAACAGAUA